AUCGCUGAACACAAAUUAAUGGAAGCCAAGAGAAAACUUUCAAUUGAGUUUUGCGCUGUUGCUGUUAUUCGUGUGCUUUUGUGCGUUCCCGUGCCUGUAACUGUGCCUGUGGUGGUGUGUUCCUGCAAUAUGGCCAAGUGUUUUUUUUUUGUUGAAAAAUGUUAACGAAGUUUAAGCCGAGCGCUCUCUAAUCCCCCAACCCAGUCUGCUGUGCGUGUGUGUGUGUGUGUGUCUUUAACUUAAAGAGAACGAACUCCAAGACAAGCACAGAGCCAAGGACCACUGUUGAAUAGAGAUAGCCAUUGUCCUUGUUAAUUCGAAGCGAUGAGCGGCCUGGGUCCGGCAGCCUGUUGGCUGGCGCACAAACGUAUCGAGUCCUGGUCCCGGAUGGCCAAGGAGCGCGUGGGUGCGGUUCGGCGCGUCACCAUCGAUCGAAACUCCGGGGACGAGAGCAGUGCCAGUGGGAGCAGUACUGCGGGCAGUAGCACCAUACAGACCCUGCCCACUGGCGAGACAGCCCCUGCCGCUGCAGCAGCAGCCGCAGCCCCCAGCUCGGGCCCCUCGACAACACCGCCGCCACAACCGAUGACACCGCCGCCGUCGGCCUCGUCCGUGACAUCCACCACCAGUGGAAUAGGAAGCGUUUCGGCCGGUAGUGGCAGCGAUAGCUGUGAUUUGACCACGGACUCGGAGGAAGUCAACAUAGCCAAGGAAUCGCAACCCAUCCAGCCGCCCACUCAGAUGCAUGGCCUGGCCAUGGGUGUCAACCAUCACAUGGGACCGGGAACGGUGGCCGGAUCGGACAUCUUGCGCGGCCCCGUCGAAGUCUUUCACAGCCCCUUGCACUUGCACCACCAGAGCCGCUCGUUUCCGCCGCGUCUGCAGCGCACACCGUCCAUAUCCAGCCAGAGCAGCGUGGACAGUGCCCCGUCCCGGCAUUCGGGUCAUCGCGGCUCCUCCCCCCAAAUACGGACCUUCGGACCGGACGGACGUAGCUCGCUGCCGAGCGAGCCGGCUUUCCCACACCACCUGGCCCGAUCGCCCAGUCCGAUGCGCACCAUCUCGCUGGACGCCAGGUGCGGAAGUCCCGCUCACGCCGCCGAUCCGGGGGACUUGCGCACGCCCAGUCCCUCGCAGAGCAGCCUCGCCUCUCUGGCCGGAGCCACUGCUGUUGUGGGCGGCUCUAGUCGUGUUGUGGGCGUGGCCGGGGGUCGCUGCCUGUCGCCGCUGCUGAUACCGCCAAGAUCGCAGCCCGGCAUGGAUCCCGCCAUGGGUCCAGCGUCUCCCUUGGGGGCGCUCCAGCCGGACCUAUAUCGAUUGCCGGACGGACCCGUCUACCUAACAGCGCCGGAGUCGAGUCACGCCGUCGGUCGGCUUCACCUGCGUGUGAAAUACGACUACCAUCUGUUUGAUCUGACAGUGCAUCUGAUUGAAGCUCACAAUCUUAGCCCCAUCGAGGAGGGUGGCUUCCGCGACCCCUACGUCCGUCUGAUGCUCCAGCCAGAAGUGGACAGCCGGAAGCGACAGACGCACAUCCAUCGCGGCGAAUCGAAUCCGUACUUUGACCAGCACUUCAAGUUUCCGGUUUCGCGAGAUCAGCUGCAGGGCAAGGAACUGAUCCUCCAGGUGCUCGACUACGAUCGCUAUUCCCAUAACGACAUCAUUGGGGAGGUUCGCCUCUCCGUUGACGGCUUGGACCUGUCCAAGUCGGUUGAGAUCUGGGGAGAUUUGCUGCGGACUAAGAAGCCCAAAGAGGAUCGACCGGAGUUGCUGUGCUCGUUGAACUACUUACCCCAGGCGGAACGUCUGACGAUUGUUAUAAUGAAGGCCCGAAAUCUGGACACUGUACAGGAGCCGUAUGUCAAGAUUUAUCUGAUUCAAAAUGGCAAGCGCAUCAAGAAGAAGAAGACCAGCAUUACCAAGUCGGACGAUCCCACCAAUCCCAUCUGGAACGAGGCGUUCACGUUUAAUCUGCAAUCAAAUUAUCUGCACAGUGCGGCCAUUGAGAUCUAUGUGGUUGGAGCCGGUAGCGAGGCAGCGGAAAUUGGCUGUUGCGGCCUUGGCCCCCAGGAGAGCGGCACCGGCUGCCAGCACUGGCACGACAUGAUUAACAAUGCCCGCAAGCCCACGGCCAUGUGGCACUAUAUCCGCUAGGCGUCCAGGCAUCCGCUGGAAUCAAACAUUAUCCUAUCCGUACAAUAUCACAGUAUGCUGGGGGACACCCAUUAAAUAAUUAUGAUUUUCAAAUAUGUAAUUGCAGCAGCAUCGUGUCUGUAUCUAAAUCUGUAACUGUA